GACAGGUUGCGCAGUGGAUGCCAGCUGACCGCCUCAUGCGAAGUGUGGAGAUCCGGGAGCGGAGCGUCUGAGGAGGAGCGUCCGACCGCCGCGCACUGCGACCCGCUCCAGGUGGAGGUGGAAGACCGAGACGCACGGACCAGACGCACCCACAGCCACCAGCCAAGAUGGCAUUAGCUAGAGAUCCAGGGACAGGCCAGCAGAGCCAGGAGCAGAGAGAUGCAGCUGACCAAAACUUUGACUACAUGUUCAAGCUGCUGAUCAUCGGCAACAGCAGCGUGGGGAAAACCUCCUUUUUGUUCCGCUAUGCAGAUGACUCCUUCACUUCAGCAUUUGUCAGCACAGUGGGAAUUGACUUCAAAGUCAAGACCAUCUACAGGAAAGACAAGAGGGUCAAACUCCAGAUCUGGGACACAGCGGGGCAGGAGCGUUAUCGGACCAUAACGACAGCUUACUACAGAGGAGCCAUGGGAUUCCUGUUGAUGUAUGAUAUCACAAGCCAGGAGUCAUUCUGUGCUGUGCAGGAUUGGGCAACCCAAAUCAAGACAUACUCAUGGGACAAUGCUCAGGUCGUCCUGGUCGGCAAUAAACUGGACCUGGAGGACGACAGGCAGGUCCCAACUGAAGACGCUCAAAGACUGGCUGCAGAACUAGGCUUUCAGUUCUUCGAGGCCAGUGCAAAAGACAACGUCAACGUCAAGCAGGUCUUUGAGAAGCUGGUGGACGUCAUCUGCGAGAAAAUGAACGAGAGUGUCAACGGCGAUGCCGGUCAAUCACCCAACCAUCCAUCUGGCGGGCUGAAGGAGAACACGGCGCCUGGUUCUCAGAGAGGCUGUGCAUGCUGAUAACUGACAGGGGAAAUUCAUGAAGUGCUCACACACCAAGGAAAUUGCCAAAAAUCAAUCAUUGUGAAUGUUUCUUACUAUAUGUUACUGUAACACUAUCAUAAAUGCUUGGUUCUCUUUUGACUCAUUUAGUCUUUUCUUAAACUGGUGGCAUCUGUAGCGCUCCCUAAUCAUUAGAAUGUGACUGUUACACUGAGAUGCCAAAGAAAUGCUCGAGUUGUGCCUUUUGCCCGAUGUAUCUGCUCACUUUUUCAUGUUUCUCCAGUAGUUUCUUCUCUAGUACCUGCUGCAGGUGCGACAUGGACUUGAAUGAAAAGCAUGACUCCUAUCUGCAUGGCUGAGGAUCACUGUGCUUCAUUUGUAUCAUGCUUCCCCCUUGUGGGAGUUUUGUAAAACUGCAUCACUGUGACUCAUCGACCUACACUGUGCAUCUCGUAAACAAAAUGCUCCUUACAUGAUAAUCCUGCUGAUGAAGAAGGCCUGCUAACUCACAGUACAAAGUCAAAUAUACACCUGAGAGUUGCUGUGUCAUUCCAGAUUUAUGACGGUAGCCCAGACGACUUAUCGCUGUUUAUGAGGGAUUUAACACUGGCUUGUAAUUUAUAUUUUUUUACUGUUUUGUCCAAUAUUUCCUUUACUGUGUCCCUCUUAAAAUGGACAUUAAAAGAUCAGUCUAUGGUGUA